AUGGCGUUUCUGCUCGCUAGUCUCUCGCUGCUAGCGACUGUCCAAGCCGCCAAUGUCACUCCCGUCCUCGUUCCAAACGGAUGCGCCAGCCUCCCAAACCUUCAGCAGACUGGUCCCGCAUCUGGAUUCGCGGGUCCCUGGAACAUAGUCGUGGAUCAGUGUGUAAACAAGACCGCUAUAAACAAGGCAUGCACUAUCGAGGGGUUCGCUGAUGUGGCUCGACCCAUCACUCUGGAUGGUCAGACCGAGGCUAAACGCGGUUUUGUAAGGCCUACCACAACUCAAUACACAUCAAUCAAAAAUCAGGAUAUGCUAACAAAAGGCUUCCAGAUCAGUAUCGUCAAUCGAAAAUUUGAUGCAAAGUCCUACCUCAUCUGCACAUCGGGAAUUGGAUUUGAAGCAAUGGUUUACUACGACAACCAAAAUGAAUAUUUGCCCAUCAAUAUCACCAGCAACCCUGCGAAUGCUCAUUUAAAGUGGGGUCUACCUGAAGAAAAGAGUGAGAAGAUUGAUGCGUAUUAUCAUUACAUUGAUGGAAAGAAGCAGGAUGGUAUUUUCCUUGGCGCCCACAACGUUACUAGUUGGGGUAUCCAGCUUCAAGAGAAUGUACCCGGUACUGGUGGAGGUCCGAUGUGGCAGAUCCGUCUGUUGGGGCCUGGAAGCGAAAACCAGAAGACUGGCAAGGCUUUGAGGGAGAGCGAAUACAAGACUUUCAUUCGCAUUGAUGGAAGUUGA